AUGUUGCUCUCCUCCAUCACGGCCAGUCGACCCUGUACCCUCACGGUGUAUCGGGAACGGGCCUCUUCUGAAACCGGUUCCCUCAGCUCCGGCAAACUCUCCGCCAGCGCCACCGGCGACAAUCCUUUUGAACGCGAGGAAAUCCUUCACAUCAAUCUCCUGAAACGCCUGGACAAGCGCCUGGGGAUCAAGCUAGUGGGCAAGAAGUAA